GGUGGUUACGAGUAAUAUUGCCUCGGGUAUGCAAUUUCCCUUCCAGAGUUGUUGCAGUUCAGUGAGAAAUGGAAUACUUGGAGGAUUCGAUGUCUGACUGCAGUGUGGAUUCUAAUGAUCUACCACCAAUGCCGCCAUUGAUGAAGUCGAAGAGGACUAAGCUCAACCGAACGUUCAGAAAGCAUGGUCCAUCGUCCGUUCCACCAUCUCCUGCGUCAAACCUUUUAGAAGAAAACAUGGAGAAAUCGUCGUGUAUGAGAUUCGCUUCACUGGAAAACAGAGAAGACACGAGCAGUAUACCCCCUGAGUUUACCAGUAGCACAAUUCCUGUGUCUCCUCCGCCAUUGAUAAAAUGGACAAUUCCUUCAGCCAGUAUUUCUAAUCGUCAGCCAGCUUUCGAACAGGCAUUUCAAACUGCAGACAAAAGCCAAAGGGAUGAAGCAACGUCUAGUGCACAGUCUGAAAUGGAAGACGUGGUGAACUGGACUUCAACGUUUAGCGGGCGUGAGAAACAUGCAUCGCCUGUGAAGCCACCUCUUCAGUUCGAAAUAGAUGGCUUAACUCCAGCCACAGCGUCAAAUACUGGAGUUUUUGGUGGACGGACGCCUGACCUGUGGGAGCAAGCUGAUGCGUUUGGCAUGUCAGUUGAACGAAGGCAUCCUAUCGGACAACAUUCUGAACCUUCUAAGGUUGUGGCUCAGAAUCAGGAUUCGUACAAGAGUUCUAAGUGUAAGACAUUACAGAGGUGUCAGUUUUGCCAAAAAGAGUUCAAGUACGUUUCUCGCCUCCGCGAGCAUGAACGUGUUCAUACUGGAGAUCGACCAUUCAAGUGUGAUGUAUGCGAGAAGUCUUUCACUCAGUCAGGUAGUCUCUGUGCUCAUAAACGUACUCAUACUGGAGAUCGACCAUUUAAAUGUGAUUUAUGCGGGAUGUCUUUCUCUUAUUCAGGCCAUCUCUGUGCUCAUAAACGUACUCAUACUGGAGAUCGACCAUUCAAGUGUGAUGUAUGCGGGAAAUCGUUCACUCAGUCAGGCAAUCUAUGUGAUCAUAAACAUACUCAUACUGGAGAGAGACCGCACAAGUGUAAGAAAUGUGGAAAAUCGUUCACACAUUCGUCUAAUUUACGCAGGCAUAAACGUAUCCAUUCCUAAAUAAAGACCUUUUACGUGCAAGACAUGUGUAAGGUCAUCCACACAGUCAUCCUAACUACACGACCAUGAAUAUACAUACAGGAAAACGUGCAUAUAGAUGCAGAGAGUGCGCAAAGUUCCUCAGAACAUCAUCAUGUUAUCCUAGACACCAGUGUAUUUAUAAGUUAUAUUAUAACCUACAAUGAAUAGCCUAAAAGUCGUUAGAUAGUGUUUUGUAUUGGUGAAAAUGUCUUUCUUCUCUUUGCGCUUAUGAAUUGUAAAAACAAGAGAGAAAGAGUGUGUGUGUCUGUUUGAAAGAUAGUGUACAUUUGCAGCAUUUAAGAAAUCACUCUUUGAUGGUAUUCACAAAAGUCUGGUCCUAGCCACACACGCGAUAAACUAUGAUUGUAGAGAAUCGCAACCUGAUGUGGAUUAUGUAAUUCUGUAUUUGUGUUCUGUUCCAUGGUCUCGUUCUCAUGUAUUAUGUCAGAAGUUAAUAAUCAUAUUCAAGCAAAGCCUUCGAUCUGAGAAAGUUUAAUUAAUUCAGAUCGUAGAUUUCUGCGAAGCGUUUUUUGAC